CGUACAAGAGACGAUCAAAAGACAAGAGCUUUUUCAAGAAUUAAAACUAAUCUCACUUAAGCCAUCAAAAAUCCUCGGUUUGUUAAGAGUUUUCUUUUUUUCUCAUUAAGACAGAUAGCGUGAUAUAAACAAUAAUAAAGAAACAAAGUAAAUUAAAAAGUUCUCUUUAGGAAAUAAAGGAUUUACUUAAGGAGAGGUGCUUCUGGACUUAUUUUGUGAAUCCAUUAACUCUUCGAUUCGAAGUAAGAUCGUAAGUUGGCGAAUUAAUUCAAUAUAAAUUCUAGAAAUGUGUGACUCACUAUAGCGCGAUGAAUAUCCGAGGAGAAUUAAAGUGAUACAAAUCGGUGAUUGGCGUGUUUGUGGACAAUAUCGAAACGCUAAGAAAUCUUUUUCGAGGAAGGCAGAGUGACUCAUCGAUGAGCAAGGACCAGCGGUAUCUACGAGCGCGGAAUUAUCAAGACGUUCCACAAAUUUUCGAGGGAAGUGCAUUGGCAGAAGCGAGAAGUUUGUCGAAUAUAUCUCUUUUGAUGGACAAAGUUAUGAUUAAGUCCGAUGUCGCGGUAGUGACGCGAAGUACAUUUAAUUCCACACGCUCACGCAAACAGACGCGCGACUUACGGUGGUGAGAAUGCCAGGUGACGCAAUGAUAAAGUUCAAGUGUCGCAUGAUCGACGAGGAGACUAACGACAGUUCGCGGACUGCUGCCAUUCAAGUUACUACGACACCAGAUUCGAAUGGCAAAGAGGCUCGGAGUUCGUAAAACAGCGAUACAUCGUAAAAUUAUUUACGCGGAACUCUCUAUACGGAGACGACAAAGCCGAUUUGAUUCUUUUCGUGAAACAUGAUCAAGACUAAUGUAUAGAGCAAGAGAUAAAUCGGGCAGAGGAUCGACGUUAUGUUACCCCGGCUUAUUUUAAGAUUUUCUGAAAGGCAACGCGAUUUCAAGAAAGUCAAGUCGACAUUUGAUAACAUAGUUGACAAAUAUUUCAAGAGCACAAAAAUUCGAUCAGAAUUGAAAAGAAGCAAAAGAAAAAGAUUGGCAGAGAGAACAAGGACCGCACCGGGGGUGAAGAUGGUAACACGGGAAAAGACGGGAUCGAAGGGCAAUGCAAAAUCGCGGAAAGUGAUAGAAAAUUACUAAACGAUGGAAACAAGCUCGAUGACGACGACGACGACGGUCGCUUCCAGUUAUUAUGACGUUGGUAGGUUUAUGCAAAACUUCAGCAACGGCAGCAACAUCGAAGGGCCAUUUGAAUGUAAGCAGGAAGUCAAUACCAAUGGCCUGGCAGAUUUUAUUAUUUAUGGCAUAUUCGUCAAUCUGAUUGGUCUCUUCGGAAUCUUCGGUAACACAAUUUCGAUGAUCAUCCUGUCGCGGCCGCAGAUGAAGUCGUCCAUUAAUUAUCUACUGAUUGGUUUGGCCAGAUGUGACACGGUACUAAUCAUCAUAGCGGUAUUAAUCUACGGAUUACCGGCAAUCUACACGUACACGGGCGCAUUAUUCGACUAUAAGUUCAUCGUCUAUCCAAAGACCAUCCGAUACUUAUAUCCGCUGGCUUGCAUAGCGCAAUUUGUGACGGUGUAUCUGACGUUAACGGUGACUUUAGAGAGAUACAUCGCGGUCUGCCAUCCACUGAAAGCCAGAUCCUUCUGCACUUAUGGACGGGCCCAAGUGGCAGUACUGGUUAUAGUGAUCGUCGCCUUUAUUUACAAUCUACCCAAAUUCUGGGAAAUUGAGGUGUACAACGAGAAGCAUUGGAAGUACAAUAUCACGGUGUACUGCGUUGAUCCAACUGAAUUAAGGAACAACGAAUAUUAUAUCACUAUUUAUGUCCAUUGGAUAUACUUCUUCGUGUACUACAUGUUCCCGUUCAGCGCGCUGGUGAUUUUUAACACGGCCAUUUACCGACGGGCGUACGUCGGUUUCCAGGUCAGGAAGGCAAACAGAGACUUGCAACAGCUGUCACGUCACCAACGCCGUGAGAUUGGUCUAGCGACAAUGUUGCUGUGCGUGGUGGUCGUGUUUCUGAUCUGCAACAUCUUGCCCAUGGUCUCCAACGCGCACGAGACAUUCAUCGCGGAUCCACCGCAAUGGAUGGUGCAGAUCGGCAAUCUACUGGUGACCAUCAACAGCAGCAUCAACUUCAUCAUUUACGUAAUUUUCGGUCGGAAGUUCAAAAGGAUAUUUCUCAAGCUCUUCUGCUCGUCCAGGAUGUUCGUGCCCGGUCGAGACAGUCCGGAGUUUCAGACGUACGACGAGUCGAUCGUCACUAAUACGACGAAUAUCGAGCUAAGAAACUCGGUGAGGCAUGGCCACCUUCAUCGCGCCAACACCAUCAGCUGGAACAACAACGUUCACGUGUCCAACGGCAGUACCAGGCAGAGUCUAAAGAGUGGCCGACCAGCCAGUCCCGGUUCCUGCCCGAUUUACUAUCCGUGUAAGAAUCCAGCGAGAAGUCCCAGUCAGAUGUCGAGAAUGUCGAACGGUCGCAACAGUUGGAACAGAAGGGAGAACGGUGAUUCCACUCUGUAAUAGUAACAACCGUUCUUCGCGUUUAUUAUGCAACUAAAAAUUUGCUGAGUGUUUUAAACGUCAAGAACUUCCACUGAUUAGAAGUAGUGAAAAAAAAAAUAGAAUAGCUAAUUCUAGCGCCAACGGAUAAAUGUCUUUUUAUAUCUGUUGUCUUGUCAGAAUCUAUAUCAGUUGUAUGUUUCAGUUCAUAUUUACCGAGAUCACAACCGAUGGAACAAAAAAAAAAGAUAAUUCUACAUGUGUUGUAAUGAUACAUAAUCAUUCACUGCGUUUUCUUGUUUAUUAUUUGACGAGUACUUCAAUUAAGGGCGCUAUUAAAAUAUCAAAAAAGGACCAAAACGAUGUAAAAGAUAAUCAAUAUUGUUAUCAAAUAAUUUUCUUGAAUUAUAUUUAGGAUAUUAUCUAAUCGAAAUUGGAGCAAGAAGACUUUCGGAAGAAGCAAAAUAGAUUAUUUUAUGCCGUAAUAGAUAACCAAUGCUCUAUUAUUUAUUUUCAAUCUAUAUUGAAAAUUCUUGAGAAAUCUGAGAAAUCUAGCCGGGUAUUAAGACAACCCGCGAACUAGAAAAAAUAUAAUAAGAAUAAUAGAAAAGAUAGAAAAGAAAUGACGCAAACGAUGCGAAUAAUCGAUAUUAACGUUUUCCACGUACGUUCCCGCAGUUAUUUUAACACUUUCAACGUUCUGGAUGUUAGAAUAGAUGGAGAGAUGUAAGGAUAAGAUGAGGCGAUUCAGCGCUGCAGUGGACAAUCGAUAUUAUUGUACCCUUGGGAACAGCUCGGUCCAAUCCUCACGCUCGAACGCUGUAAUCCUGCGGGAUAGCACAGCUUCCGAUAUAAAGGAAAAGGAUCGUUAAGGAUAACAGUUUUCACAUUUUCUACCGCAAAAUAUUUCAGAAAGACCGAGUCUCUGGCAGCGAUAAGCUUUCAAGCAAUUUUCCGAAAGUUUUAUCUUGCUUCAAAACGAUCUAGUCGAAUUUAAAAAAAAACUGAUGCUAAGGAGUCCUAAUGUCGCCAUUUUGAAUAUUUCAAACAGUUACUUGAUUACACUAACACGUAGUAGUAUUUGUCAUCUUCAGACACGAGGUUUCUCAUUGUUUUUCAAAGCGGCAUGUAGCCAAAGCGACAUUGACUUCAUUAAUAUAGAUUAUUAAUAACAAAAUGUAGAUUAAUAUAGAUUAAUAGAAUAUUAAGUACAAUAUGAUUGAGUAAGAGAUUUCUUUUUUCGUGAUAAAAGGCGUUGUGUGCAAUACUCUAUUAAAAUUCAAUCCUCAAAGGCGAACUCACACACAAUAGAAAUAAUAAUAAAAUAAUAAAUGUAUAAUACAUACCGCAACUCAAAAUUUUAUUAAAAUAAUAUAUCGUAAGAAAAAAAUUAAAAAAAAAUUUUUCAAAAAAUAAAAAUUGCGGAUUUUAUUUUUUAUCAAAGUCUUAAUUUAGCAUUAAAUCUUAACAAUUAAAAGAUUAUAUAUUAAAUAUCUAAUAAUUUUUUUUAAUACUGCGUAUAUAUAAGUCAUAUAUGUAUAUAUUCAUUAGAAUAAGAAAGAGCCUCUUGCAAGAAGACGAGAAUCGAUCAAUUACAAUUCCACGAUAGCAAAUCAUGUUUUAAUAUUAUUUUGAAACAAAGAAACAAUAUGAAUAAUUUAUAUAGCUAUGUUGUAAAUCAAAUCUAGUACAAAUAGACUAUACUUUUGAUAAGAAUUCCAACAGAAGCUAUGACACCUAUUUUCUUUAAGUUUAUAUAUUUUGCCCUUUUCGAACCAUACAAAUUUGUUUGAAAAGAAAAUACAAAAAUUUUGUCAAAGUUAAUGAAUAAACAAUAUUUUAUUUUUUUUCAUAAUGUAAUAUUUUAAGUCAAUUCUUUAACAUUCUUUAACAUUCUUUAAUUUUCUCGUUUAAUUCUUCCGCCAUUCUGUGCUUUAAGCACGUCCCCUUUUUAAACAUCCUUUAUAUUUUAUGCAAAAAUCUAAAACUCAAAUGAAUAUGAUAAAAAAUUUUGUAAGCGAGAUAGGGCAACUAAAAUUUUCAGAAUUGAAAGUUGAACUCCUCAUUGCAGAAAUAGUAUAUUAUCCUGCAAUGUAACCUUAAAAAAUAAAUUUAAAAAGUAAUCCGCUAACUCGAAUCUCGAGAAGGUUUCGCGAACUUCCGGCAUGUCAGUCACGUACUAAGGCUCUCCGAAGAAAAUAAAUCGAAUUUCAAAGUCAGAAGUACAGAACCCAAUAGCGUGACAUUCCCUUGGGGAGGACUUUUGUCCCGGCUGUAGAAAAUCCUGUAUCUUGCUCGAACUACUUUACUCUUUGAAACAUGCAUACUGAAUAAACCUCAAACUAUCAAAAAUGCUGAAAAUUGUCAGCUAACGAAGAAAAAAUUCCUUUUUUAUUAUUGAAAUCGCAAGAUUUAAAAAAUUAUUGCUUCUAGUGUUACUUUAAAAAAAAUAUAAUUUAAUUUUAUAAGUAUUUAAAAGAUUUUAUAAUUGUUUAAAUAUUUUUCAAGUACAGUUUGAAAUUCGGGUUGUUCAGGGCUAACUUUAUUAAAAAUUAAAAUAUAAUUUGAUAAUGAAAAAUCAACUUUGUUUUUCU